AUGAUCAAGUUUGGGUACGAUUUCUUCGAAGGGCUUGACAACGUGCAGUAUCUGGAUAUGUCAUCGAACCACCUAACGGCUGCGUACGUUGGGUCAUCCAUCGCGCACUCGUGCUCGAAUCAGUUCUGCGCUGUCAAAGUCUUAAAUUUGACCAACAAUAACAUCUCAACUUUCCCAACGGUGGUCUUCAACGUGGACAACUUGCAAGAACUAUACAUCGCAGAGAACGAUAUCACUGAUUUCAAUAUCAGUUCGACGGUCUUCAGUGCUAUCCAGGCGUUGCUGGCGUUCGACUCUGAUCUUCCUGACGCGUCAGCUACUUGCACUGACGGGGCGUGGCAAACUGCACACAAUCGAACUUUUUGCGUGGCCGACGACAGCGCUACAACUGAGACCGCAUCGUCAGGCGGCUCCAACUCUUUGCUCAUCGGCCUAGUAGCAGGAGGCUGUAUCAUCGUCAUCGCCGUGGCUGCGCUUCUUCUUUGGCGGCACUUCUCCUACAAGAAGGCUCAGCGCAUGUCCUCUUCAAAAGACGACUUCUACUCGCAAGAUUUUGGCGACACGCUCGACUUCGACGAUACGCAAGUACAAGUGGACCCGGUGUUCUUGAACGACCCAGUGAUCGUCACGAACCGCCUGGACCACAAGCUGCUGAAGAUGGGCAAGUGUAUCAGCAAGGGCGGCUUCGGGCUGGUGUUCAUGGGCGAAUACAAGGGCAGACGCGUCGCCAUCAAGAAGAUCCGCCCGGACCGCAGUGCUUCCGCGGCCGAGAUCGAGCAAUUCCUCAAGGAGAUCAUCAUGAUGGCAGUGCUGUACCAUCCUCGCAUCGUCGAGUUCGUUGGUGUGGCUUGGGACAACCUCAGACACCUGUCCGCAGUGACCGAGUUCAUGGACAAUGGCGACCUGCGCGAUGUACUGCACGGCUACAAGCUCAAGGGCGAGCGUCUCUCGUGGGAGUCGCACAAAGCCACAAUUGCGCUGCAUAUUGCGGAGGCCUUGUCAUACCUUCACGCGCUCAAGCCCAAGAUCAUCCACCGCGAUCUCAAGUCCAAGAACGUGCUGCUCAACAUGUACCUGGAGGCCAAGCUGAGCGAUUUUGGUAUUGCGCGCAUGCGGUACCUGGUCGAGACGCACAUGACUGCGGGGGUGGGGACGUCGUUCUGGAUCGCCCCCGAGGUGCUCCUGGGUCGAGAUUACGAUGAAGCGGCGGAUAUCUACUCGUUCGGCGUGGUGCUGUCCGAGAUCGACACGGACGACUAUCCGUUCUGGAACGACGAGAACAAGUCGAACCGCGGCAAGAUCCAGGAGGCGGAGAUCUUGAGCUUGGUGGCGGAGGGAAAGCUGCGUCCGAGCUUCUCGAGCGACUGCCCCAAGGCCAUUCUAGACCUGGCGGACUGCUGCCUGCAGAAAGACCCGGGCGACCGCCCCACCGCCGCCGAGAUCGUGGUGAUCCUUGAGCGCAUGAUCCACGCGUCUGAACGCAGCUCGUCCUCGUUGCAGUCGGGCGUCUGGUCUGUCACGACCUCGGACGAGGGGAACAACGCCGACUAA